AUGCAGGGAAAGGUUGGAGGCAGUAGCGCCAUAAACUGCACACGCUUCCAUGUUGACAUCAGCCGUGGCUGGAUGAAGUUCAAACUGGUUUACAGGAAAAAAAUGGAAGAGCAUCAGAAGCGCAAAGAUCAGCAAAUCUGGGCUGCGCGCUUCAUGUCCGAGAAACUCACAAAGUUGGGCAAGCAGAAAGCCAAAGAGAUUGAUGAUGUCCGGGAGGGUGUGAUCACGCGCAUCCAACAGAGGUUCCGGAGCUACCGCGAAGACAUGAUCUUCGAUCGCACCUACCCCCUGACCUCCCAGAUGAUGAAGAUGGUGCAGCAGGCCAAAGUGGGCCAAGUAGUGGACUGCUCCAUGCAAACUGUCUCUGCAGACGAUGUUGCAACCCUGAGCCUCAAGGUGAACGCUGACCGGAAGAAGGAAACAGAACCUCCGGCAGAUUCCAACGCCACCACCAAUUCCAACAACAACAAGGAAGACAAGGUUUUAUGCGAUGAUAAGGAGAUCAUAGGAUCUGAGAUGGCCUGA